AUGGAUCCGAAUGGCACCCACGAUCCCCAGUACCAGCCUCGGCGAGUAGCGAGUCUGAACCUUCCCUCCAGAACCCCCCCAGCCCAAUCCGACCAAUCCCAGCACCCAGGCUACGCCAGACCAGGCGAGCCUGCUACUCCACGUAUGCUCAGAAGUGUCAGCGGGUCGCUCCGCAAUUCCAAGUCGGACAUCAACUCCAGAUCCACUGAGGACCACGGCGAGUCUCCCCAUUAUGUCACCAAUACCGACGCCACCACCCAUUCCAGGGAAUCGAGCUUCCAUCAAAAGGAAUUGUUACCUCCAGCAGCCAUAGCGUCUCCUCCUUCAAAAGAUGCAAACUCGGGUAGUUUGGUUGCGUCUAAGAAUUCCCAAUCUCCAUCCCAGGCCCCUCCACAGCAACAACACCAUCACCAGCAUCAUAGCCAGAACCCACACACUCCCCAGCAACAACACCGUGGCCAUCAAAGACACCCAUCACAGGCAGAGCAGGCUCAACAACAGCAACCCCAACAGUUUCACAGAAAGUCUAUUGGAGAUUGGGAUUUUGUCAAAACUAUCGGUGCCGGUUCCAUGGGUAAGGUGAAGCUUGCACAGCAUAACUCCACACACGAGCUUUGUGCUGUUAAAAUCAUUCCUCGAGCUGCAAAGGUUUAUCAAAGAGCCCACUCCGACGAUCCACCCCCUUCGACUGCUCAAGAAGCUGCCCAGAGGCAUAAGGAAUAUGAGAAAGAGGUAGCUAGAGAUAAGAGAACCAUUCGUGAGGGUGCAUUAGGAAGAUUGUUGUUUCAUCCUUACAUCUGUCGGUUGUACGAAAUGGUUCCAAUGACAAAUCAUUACUAUAUGUUGUUUGAACACGUGGAAGGUGGACAGAUGUUGGACUAUAUCGUUGCUCAUGGAUCCUUAAAGGAAAAGAAUGCACGUAAAUUCGCUCGUGGAAUCGCUUCAGCUUUGGAUUAUUGUCACAAGAACAAUGUGGUACAUCGUGAUUUGAAAAUUGAGAAUAUUAUGAUAAGUGAGAAGGGUGAUAUCAAGAUUAUUGAUUUUGGCUUGUCGAACUUGUAUUCUCCUAAAAAUUUGUUGAAGACUUAUUGUGGUUCAUUGUACUUUGCGGCCCCAGAGUUGUUGUGUGCUAGACCAUAUAUCGGUCCUGAAGUCGAUGUGUGGUCCUUUGGUGUCGUGUUGUAUGUGUUAGUAUGUGGAAAAGUUCCAUUUGAUGACUCUUCUGUUUCAGUUUUGCAUGAAAAAAUUAAGAGAGGUGCUGUCGAAUAUCCAUCGUUCCUUUCAAAGGAGUGUAUUUCGUUACUUUCAAGGAUGUUAGUGGUGGACCCCUCUAAGAGAGCAACUUUACAUGAGGUUCUUCAGCAUCCUUGGAUGAAUAAGGGUUAUGAGUACAGAAUUUCCAGUUAUAUCCCUAAAAGACAACCAUUAUCUUUACCAUUGGAUCCUGAGAUUAUCAAAACUAUUGCAUCUUUCGAAUUGGGAACAGUUCAACACAUCUCUGAAGAAUUGACCAACAUUCUUACUAGCGUGGAAUACCAGAUGAGCUGUGAAAAUUGGCAAAAGAUUACCGACCAAGGUCGUGAAUAUGCUACUGCUUCUAAUGCGCACAUUUUACCAGAUCCUACUGGCGGAUUCCAUCCAUUGAUUUCUAUUUAUUUCCUUGUUGAUGAGAUGAAGAAGCGUAAGAGAGCUAAGGAAGAAGCUGCAAGAGCACAGUAUCAACAACAUGCACAGGCCCAAGCCCAAGCGCAAGCGCAAGCCCAGGCCCAAGCGCAAGCCCAAGCACAAGCACAGGCCCAAGCGCAAGCCCAAGCACAAGCGCAGGCACAAGCACAAGCACAAGCACAAGCUGAAGCUCAGAAAGAGAAGAAGAUCAAGAAUGAAACCGCUGCUCAGGAUGUAUUGCCUUCUAUUGCUUAUCCAGAGCAAGCGCAUACUUCGGGUGUAUCUUCAAUAAGGGAUACUCGCGAUGAAUCAUUGAAUGCUCAAGCUAUACCAGACCAACAGCCUCAUAGUCCUGUCGAGUCUUCCGCUAUUCCUGAGACUUUGGAUCCUAAUGCUUCUAAGGGUGGAUUCAAUUCAUUGUUGAGAAGAUUGUCUUCCAAGAAAUACAAAUCGAACUCUGCUAUGAAGGUUACUGCUAAGGAAAAGUCAUCAUCUUCCCGUAUAAACUUACAUCCUUCAGCAAACGCCUCGAGUUCUCAGCAAUCUCAACAAUCUCAACAAUCUCAGCAAUCUCAGCAAUCUGAUUCCCAGAAGAACCUCAGAGUUUCCGAUACCAGCAAGAAGGCACAUGCUCGCUCAGCAUCUACCUCAACUGGUCAAUCUAAGCCUCAUGGUUUCAUUCCGGUUGAAUAUUUGCCCCCAUUGCCCAACUUGAACACCAACAACACCGUCGUCCCCAACAAUGCCAAUAACUCUCUCAAGCCCGGUGCAGUCUCUACUAGUGGUAGAAAGCUUCAUCCCACGGCCAGAGCCAAGUCAGUUGGACAUGUCAGAAAGGAUUCUUAUCACGGUCGUAAUCGUGCUAAUACCCAGACUCAUCCUCCAUUACCAAACUCAUUAGCUGCUCAAAACAGCGAUGAAGUGGUUGGCGAGGGCUCAACCAAUGAUGGUUUCUUCGAUGAUGUAACAUUGGAUGAUGUUGAGUACCAAGAUAUUCCUCAAUUGACUGAGGAACAAAUCAUAGAGCAGUUCAAUGAGGCCAAGCCCAACAGCAUGCCCUCGAUUGAGCAUUGCAAGACAUUGUUCUUGAAAGGUUUCUUUAGUGUUCAAACUACAUCUACCAAGCCAUUACCAGUUAUCAGAUAUAACAUUAUCAACGUUUUGAGCAAGUUGGGUGUGAAGUUUCAAGAGGUUAAAGGUGGGUUUGUGUGUGCACAUACACCUUCCGAGCACAAACAAUUGUAUGGCGAUGCCUUCAAAUCUACUUCUUCUUCUUCUUUCGAGCAUGAGAAGAGUUCCCCAUCAAGAGCAAGAACUCCAGAACCAAGCGAAGCCAAGACUCCUAGUAGACAACCUUCCUUACAUCUCAACACUCAAACUUUGUCGCCCACUCCAAACACAGGAUUGAAGACCCAUAGAUCUUCCAACUCAAUUGGAGGCGGACAUAGAAGAAAGUUUUCCAUUGGAAACUCCAUUUUGGGAUCUUAUAGGAAGAAGAAUGGUUCUCAAGUGAUGAUGCCACCAAAUACCCCAGCUGCAGCUAGGGUAGCAAAGUCGUUAUAUCCUGAUGACUAUGAUUUUGGUGAUGACGAUAUUAAUGGCAGACAACAGUUUGAAGACGAUGAUUCGGUGGACUCAUUAAAUGGAUUGAAUAUUGGUGGUGGUAGCGACAUGUUAAUCUCAUCAAGAAUCGAGCAUAGAGCUAGACAUCAAAGGUCUCCAAGUACCUCCAGUCAAUCGUCGAAGUCUAAGAAGUCACCAUUAAAGUUUGAGAUUCAUAUUGUGAAAGUUCCAUUGGUUGGGUUGUAUGGUGUACAAUUCAAAAAGUUAUUGGGUAACACUUGGAAUUAUAAGACUUUGGCUAGUCAAGUCUUGAAUGAGUUGAAUUUGUGA